AUGAUGACAACAACAACAACGGCACAGCAUUCGAACAUCAUGCCACCAGCCAUGCGACCUGUACAGGAAAGCCCCGUUUCACGACCACGCGCCGUCUACAGCAUCGAUCAGAUAUUAGGCAAUCAGCAUCAAACGAAACGAAGUGAUACGCCCAAUGAGGUGCUGAUAACUCACGCACAUCACAUACAUCAUCUGCAUAACAGCAGCAGCAACAACAACAACAACAGCUUGCUGCAGCAUCAGCAGCAGCAACAACUGCAACAACAAUAUCAGCACCACCAGCAACAGCAGCAACAUCAGGAGCAGCGGCAGCAGCAGCAGCAGCAACAUUUGCUGGGCAAGCGCGAGGACUCGCCCACGAACACGGAAAGCGGCCUGGAUGUGGACAACGACGACGACUUGUCCUCGAGCCUCAAUAAUGGCCAAGAUCUGGGCGAUAUGGAAAGGCCGCGCAAAGUUCGUAGAUCUCGGACAACUUUUACAACAUUUCAAUUGCAUCAAUUGGAACGCGCGUUCGAGAAGACGCAAUAUCCGGAUGUGUUCACAAGGGAGGAUCUGGCCAUGCGGCUCGACCUGAGCGAAGCACGCGUUCAGGUCUGGUUCCAGAAUCGACGCGCCAAAUGGCGUAAACGUGAGAAGUUUAUGAAUCAGGACAAGGCUGGCUAUCUGCUGCCCGACCAAGGCAUGCCCGAGUUUCCUUUGGGCAUACCACUGCCGCCGCACGGCUUGCCUGGGCAUCCGCUGCCCGCCGAGUUUUGGCCUCCGCAUUUUGCUUUGCAUCAGCAUUUCAAUCCGGCUCUGCUGCCCCAGCAGCUGAUGCCGCCCCACUACAAGCUGCCCAACUUCCACACGCUGCUCUCCCAGUACAUGGGUCUGAGUAAUUUGAAUGGCAUCUUUGGAGCUGGUGCCGCAGCAGCUGCAGCCGCUGCCUCCGCCUCUGCCUCAGUUGCCGUUGGCUAUCCGCAGAAUUUGUCGCUGCAUUCAUCGUCGUCGUCGGCACAGGUGAGCCCGCCCUGCAGCAACAGCAGUCCACGUGAGAGUCCCAACUCCUUGGCCACGCACCCACUCUCGCACGGCGCCACGACUUUGAUCUCCGGUGACCUGACGCUCACCUCGACGGCAGCGCAAUCGCCACGCAGCGCCACAGGUGGCAGCAGCAAUGCCUCGACACCUGUCUCCGUGGUCACCAAGAGCGAAGACUGAAGAGCGAGCUAGCCAAGCAGCUGGUAUAGUGAUAUAU